CUCGUCUCCGAUUCCCAUCACCACACAGCACAGAGAGCACCAGCCAUGUCUUCUCUCUUAGCCAACAGCAUCUCCCUGUUCUCUCCCCAACCCACUCCCGACUCCCCCAAGUUCCCCAAACCCUUCUUCCUCCACCCCCACAACUUCCUCAACCUCCCAACCCACAAACCCUCCUUCUCCUCCUCGCAAAUCCUCAAAGUCCGCGCCGACGUCGAACCCACCCCUUCCCCCGAGUCCGCAGAGAAAUUUACUAUUGAGGAAUUCCUUCGCAACCGCGACUACGACACUAAAUUCGGCUUCAAUAUAGAAAUCGACUCCACCUCGAUCCCUAAGGGGCUCUCUAAAGAAACAGUACGCCUGAUUUCCCAAAUCAAACAGGAGCCCGCCUGGAUGCUCGAGUUCCGCCUGCAAGCGUACGAGAAGUUUAUCGCCAUGAAGGAGCCGAAUUGGUCCGAUAACCGCUAUCCGAAGGUGGAUUUCCAGGACAUGUGUUAUUACUCCGCGCCGACGCAGAAGAAGACGUUAGGGAGCUUGGAUGAGGCCGACCCGGAGCUGCUGAAGUACUUCGAGAGGCUGGGGGUGCCGUUAAACGAGCAGAACAGGCUGGCGAAUGUGGCUGUGGACGCUGUGCUGGAUAGUGUUUCGAUUGCGACCACGCAUAGGAAGACUCUAGAGGAGGCUGGGGUGAUUUUUUGUUCUAUUUCGGAGGCGAUUAGGGAGUAUCCGGAUUUGGUUAGGGAGUAUUUGGGGAAGGUGGUGCCGGCCGGGGAUAAUUACUAUGCUGCUUUGAAUGCUGCUGUUUUCAGCGAUGGUUCGUUUUGUUAUGUACCCAAGGAUACUAAAUGUCCUAUGCAGAUUUCGACUUAUUUCAGGAUUAAUGCGCUGGAGACAGGGCAGUUCGAGAGGACUUUGAUUGUGGCGGAGGAUAGGAGCUUUGUGGAGUAUUUGGAGGGGUGUACGGCUCCUUCUUAUGACCGGAACCAGCUUCAUGCCGCGGUGGUGGAGCUGUAUUGUGCUGAAGGGGCGGAGAUUAAGUACUCCACGGUGCAGAAUUGGUAUGCUGGGGAUGAGGAAGGGAAGGGAGGGAUUUAUAAUUUCGUUACUAAAAGAGGGAGGUGCGCAGGGGCGAGGUCGAAGAUAUCUUGGACUCAGGUGGAGACCGGGUCUGCGAUUACUUGGAAGUAUCCGAGUGUUGUUCUGGAGGGUGAUGAUUCUGUGGGGGAGUUUUACUCGGUGGCUUUGACUAAUAACUAUCAGCAGGCAGACACUGGUACAAAGAUGAUACAUAAGGGGAAGAAUACAAGGAGUAGAAUCAUUUCAAAGGGGAUAUCAGCUGGGAAUUCAAGGAACUGUUAUCGGGGGCUUGUGCAGGUUUUUUCACAAGCAGAGAAUGCUCGAAACUCCUCACAGUGUGAUUCCAUGCUUAUCGGAGAUAAAGCUGCUGCCAACACCUAUCCAUACAUUGAGGUCAAGAAUCCCACAGCUCGCAUUGAACACGAAGCCAGUACCUCCAAAAUCGGUGAGGACCAGCUAUUUUACUUUCAGCAAAGGGGAAUAGACUAUGAGAAAGCCAUGGCUGCCAUGAUAUCUGGUUUUUGCCAGGCAGUAUUCAAUGAGCUUCCUGACGAAUUUGGGUCUGAGGUGAACCAACUGAUUGGCUUGAAGCUUGAAGGAACAGUGGGGUAGAUACUUGUAAGAUGAGUUCAAUCUUUUUGUCCAUGGCUGUAACUGAAUAGUUUGCAAGAGACCUUGUUUUUUGAAAUGUUAUAAGAUGGCUAGAAUAUGCAUAAGUAUGUACAUAUAUAUUUGAUGUAAAUGUGUAUCAUCAGUUGCCAACUUGUGGAGAUAGAUAUGUGCACAACACAUUGUGACAGAAAUUUGCUUGUAGUUUGGCAUUAACGUGCUUGUUAUGAAUUACGUUUUAAGC